ACGCCGACGACCCUGUGUUGAUGUCCUCCGAGACGCAGACCUCCCCAGGGGCUGCAGCCGGCCCUGGGGACAUCCUGCAGGGCUGGGAGCUGGACCUGGAGAGCCGCUGGGCACGCUGCUCAGAGCCCUGGCGGCCACAGUCGCGGAAAGGCGCAAAGAGCCCGCACAUCGUGGACGGCAGGUGGACGGCAGGUGAAUGGCAGGUGGACGGCAGGUGGACGGCAGGGUCCCUGGCUCAGGAUGACAGAUUCCGGCUGGACGUGCCUGAGUCGGUGACGGUGCAGGAGGGCCUGUGCGUCACUGUGCCCUGCAGGCUCUCCCACCCUGAAUCCAGGAUGUUCUGGCUCCAUCAUUUCCAUAUUCACGGCUCCUGGUACAAGGAAGAGGCUGAGCACGACACACCCGUGGCCACCAACCACCCAGAGAGGACAGUGCAGGAGACUCGGGGCCGAUCUCCUCUCGGGGAUCCCAGGGCCGACUGCUCCCUGGACAUCAGAGACGCGCAGAGGGGGGACGCAGGCGCGUACUUCUUCAGGGUGGAGAGAGGGCCUGAUGUGCGAUACAGUUUCACAGAGAACCUGCUCUCUAUGCGUGUGACGGAUCUGACCCAGACUCCUGACGUCCACAUCUGGGGGACCCUUGAGUCUGGCCGGCCCCAGAACAUAACCUGUGCAGUGCCCUGGGCCUGUAAGAGGGGGACGCCCCCCACCUUCUCCUGGAUCGGGGUGGCCCUCAGCUCUCUGGUCCCCCAGACACCCCUCUCCUCGGUGCUCACCCUCACCCCCGGGCCUCAGCACCACGGCACCAACCUCACCUGUCGCGUGACUCUCCCUGGAUCUGGUGUGACCACGGAGAGGACCAUCCAGCUCAAUGUGUCCUAUGCUCCGCGGAACCUGACCAUCCUCGUCUUCCGGGGCAGUGGCACAGUCCCAGAGGUCCUGGACAAUGCCACCUCACUUCGCGUCCAGGAGGGUGAGUCUCUGCGCCUGGUGUGCCGUGCUGACAGCAGCCCCCCUGCCAGGCUGAGCUGGACUCAGGGAAGUUUAACCGGGAGCCACUCCCCACCCUUGGAACCUGGGGUCCUGGAGCUACCCCAGGUGACUCUGGGAAACGUGAGAGAGUUCACCUGCCAGGCUCAGCACCCGCUGGGCUCACGCCACGUCUCCCUGAGCCUGGCUGUGCAGGGCCUCUCCUGCCCCCAGCUCUGUGGGGAGCAGCGGGGCUCCUGGCCUCUGGUCCUCACCCUGCUCAGGGGGGCCCUCAUGGGAGCCGGCUUCCUUUUAACCUAUGUCCUCACCUGGGCCUACUACGCCAGGUGCGGAGGCCCCCCGAGGGCACUGGAGCGCACAGUGACGAAGGCCACCUCGCGGUGCUAGGUCUGGGCUGCAGAGCCCGCGGGUGGUAGGAAGCUGUCAGAGACCGAGUCCAGCGCUGCGGCCUGCGGCUCACCCCUGCACGGCGCUGCCCCCAUCCGAAAGGACAACUCGACCCCUCCUCUGCUCUCCAGGGCUGCCCCUUGUGGUUCCGAAGGAAUAGCUGGGAGGACAGACAGGAAAUGGGUAGAUCGUUUGUGGUCAUGGGGGUGGUUGUUUAACUGCCGGGAGGCGUGUGUGCUCCCCAGAGACAGAGACAGAGACAGAGUGGGAGAAAGCACCCGGUGGGGCGUGGUCUUGCUCCGGUCUCUCCUCCAUCUCUCCGUCCUGUCAGGGUUUGGGGCACACACACACGUGCGCCCAGUGUGGUUUUCAAGUCACCAGGACUAGGACUUGCACCACGCGUAGCCAUGUGGGAUCUGGGUCCCUUAACUACCGGAUCAUGGGACAGCCCAGGUAGACGGUUUUUCUUACUGAUUUGUAUUAUAUUCUUACAAUAUCUUACUUUUGUGUGCUUAUUUUAAAUCAGUUUGAUAAGCCCACACUCUAUAUUGUUAAAAAUCCCAUAAUGUGAAGCCAGCAGGUGGCAUGGUGGUUAGGGGCACUGGACUUCCACAUGGCUAACUGUGGUUCAAGUCCUGGAUCUGGCAGCUUGCUUUCUCACUCCUGCCCCCAUCUCUGUCUCUCACUG